CAACUCUCUAAACAUGGAGCCAUACACCAUUGACCCGGUGAACCAGCAUGAGAAUUCGAUCAAAUUGCUUGAGCACUUUCAUGCUUAUCGGGUCGCUUAUAAAUACAUCAACUCCCAACCUAUCCAUGCGUUCUUCGUCAUACCCAAGGAGCGUCCACAGGGCCCGCGUCCACUUCUGGUGAGAUACCAUGGCGGAGGGUGGACGGAGGGAGAAGCUGAGGCUUCCUUGAGACCAUUCUUUCUUGAGAUGGCGCUUAAACAUGGCGCCGUGAUCCUCACGCCGGACUACCGCCUACGCCCUGAACACGAGAUUACGGAUGGGCUUGACGACAUUCGCUCAUUCUGGCAAUGGAUUGAACAGGGAGAUGCGCAGCAAGUUGUGCACAAAUCCUACCCAGACCUAGAACUAGACGUGAACAAUUUGCUCGUCGGUGGUGAAAGCGCUGGAGGAUAUCUGACCUUGCAAACGGCUCUUCUGCCCCUCACCAAACUGCCGAUUAACAUUCUCUUCGUGCAGUACCCAGCCGCUGAUGUUGCAGGCUGCAUCAAACCACCGGAUCCUGAUGGGGAUGAGGUGCCCGGCGCAUGGAUGCAUCCCUAUCCAUACUCUAUUGUCGAGGAGCACCUCGCAGCGCUAGAGCCGGGCAAGAUCUGCACGCGUGCGAAGUUCGGCAGUAGGAUGACUCUGCACUUCGCCUUGACCCAUGCCAGCCGACUGGUUGAUAUCUCUGGUGAUAAGGCAUGGCUUGAUCCUAUGAGUAGCCUCGACACAGCAGGUCCGCUGCCACCUAUUCUACUCUAUCACUCCAAGGAGGAUGAAGCUAUACCAUGGCAGCACACCGAACGCUGGGCUUCUAAAGCUAAGAAACUACAGCCGGAUGUACCUCUUUUUCUCACUUGGCAAACUGGGACUCAUACAUUUGACGGAAACCAUACCAUGGCAACCCCAUGGCUUAAGGAGCCUCUAGAGUUUGUCCAGCAAUACUGGCCAACUAAAUAAUAGUGCGUGGGAGAUCUUUGGACUUUGAAUUGCGAGGUGUUAUCGUCGCAAACCUUGCUUUUGCUGGGAAGGGACCUACGGCGGGCAAACUUUCACAGGAAGUUCUGUCAUGUCUUGGGACUGCUGGCUCAACCCUAUUAAUCAGUCUGUGAGAUUAGCGAGAGAGGAAUUUUGGUACAGC